AUAUGAAGAGCGUGGUUUCCAUUUGUUAUGUUAGCCUAUCCCUCUUGGUCUGUUUAUCUGCCUUUCAAAUUACACACCAGGUCCCCACCCAAGGAGUCUUUGCCUUGCUUUGCUCUCAGCCAGCCAGUGCGUGCCAGCCAGAUUAGACCCAUUUCAUGGGUUUGUGCCUACCUGUCAACUCAUGUGUUAGAUUUACGUUCUUUCUGGGGAGAAAAAUGAAAGAAACUCGAAGAAUAAAGAACUGAAGCUGGGCAGGUAUGAGGCAGGGAUAUCAGUGAGAAGGAACUUAGUCAUAAGAGUUACAGCAGCGUGAGGUAACCAUCUGUAUUGAGCGGCCUCAGACAAACAGGGAAGCAGCGGCAUGUAAGCUUCAGGAAGAGACUACCGCAGGGCAAGAGAAGUGGUGUAAUUCAGUGUUGUUCAUCAAUUACCAUCAAUUACCAGAGUGGCAGAACAGCUUGAGGAACACACAUGGCUGAAAACAAAACACCACCUUUUUCACCAGUGCUCAUCAUGUUGUCAGAUGUGGAGAGUGCAGGAGACAGAGGUUGGAGAUCUGCUUGCUUGUAAUUGAACAUGGCAGGAGAUGUGAAGAGAUUCACACGCAUGCUACUGGAAUGUAACAGCAAUGACAAGCUGUGUGUUGUACGUGAAUAUCAGACUGAAGUGAUUGUUGUCCCAGCUCUCCUUGUGGGUUUUUUUGUCAUUCUGCUAACUGUGAUCCUUUGGCUGCAUUGCCGUGGCUUGCGAACAAGAACAAAGCGGGAGGAAUCAUCAUCAUCUGGACAACAAGCGAACAAGAACCAUCAAGAAUCCACUUCACAAGAGAACCACUGUAUACAGCUGAGUGAGGUAUCUACAGAGAACCUGUUAAGUUCUGCAUCCUUGACUCUGAAAGAACUGCAGAUACCACGAGAGAAGCUCUCACUAGGCAGUCUGCAGAUUGUAAAACAUGUCCGCAAUGGGAGCAUCUACAGGGCAGAACUGGAAACUGGGAACUCGGGGAAGACUAAGAGUGUCAUAUUGAAAGCCUUACAAGACCUGGUUAGUCCCCAGGAAGUAAAGGAUUUCCUGGGAAGGAUUAAAUUCCAUCAAAAUCUUGGCCAUCAUGAGAACCUGGUUGAAUUGGUUGGAUGCUGUGUAGAUCGAUUCCCACUUUAUAUGAUAAUGGAAGAUGUAUCUCUUGGUGACCUGCUAAAAUUUCUAUGGACAUGUCGUAAGGAUGUAAUGACAAUGGAUGGUAUCCCUUAUGAUCUCACUGAAAGGCAAGUAUACAAAGUUGGACAACAAGUUGCAGCAGCUCUGGCUUACCUUGAGCAGAAGAAAUUGUUCCAUGGUGACAUUGCUGCCAGGAAUGUCCUACUUCAUCACAACUUCACUGCCAAGCUCUGUGGUUUUGGGGUGACCUAUGAAGCUCAUACGUAUGGUGCCAGCUCAGUCACAGAGAUGGUGCCAGUAAAGUGGCAGGCACCGGAGCGGCUUCUAAAGAACCCCCCUAGCAUCAAGGCAGACAUAUGGUCUUUUGGAAUUCUACUGUAUGAAAUGAUUACAUUAGGUGAUCCACCAUAUCCUGAUGUACGACCUUCUGACAUCUUACCAUACCUGCAGAGACGAAACAUCAUGAAACAGCCCUCAAGCUGCCAGCAAGCCAUGUACAGCAUCAUGAAGUCAUGUUGGCAGUGGAAUGCAGCUGACAGGCCUUCCCCGUCAGACCUGAUCCAGAGCCUACAAACAGCUAUAAAGACCAGCAAUGACCAGCGAGUACUGCAGGUUCCUGAGCUAGUGGUGCCUGAACUCUAUGCUGAUAUCACUGGUGUUGCAAUGGACAGUCUAGUGAGUGAUUAUACUGUGCUUUGAAGUAUUCUUUCUCAUCUUUCUCAAUAAGAACAGUUCUUAUUUUUCCCUCUGGGUGGAAAACAGUAACAGAACAGAAAAUGGUCCUGAGAGAGAUGUAGUUUUUCUUCUCUUCUGGGACAGGUUCCCAGAAUUGGAGGAUUAACUCCUUAACUCCCAAUGCACUACAUGAUGUUUUGAUGCUAUGAUGUGAAAUACUGCUAACAAUCAUAAAACCAAGACACUAUCUAUUACUUAAACACUCACUAACAGCCUCUGUGAUUAACUUGCAUUGUUGCCUGUUAAGCGCUGAAUAAAUAACUAGAAUCUCUCCAGGGCUUCGCGUGAAAGAAUAGGCUCUGUAUAUUUUAAAUAAAAUAAAAUGCUUACAUAUCUAUAACUACA